CGACGCGAAUCGCGAUGCAGUCGCGACACUAGCCAUUCCAAAUUUAAAACUUUUUUUUUCAAAUCGAACCGCACUCGGCCAUUUUACAUUUUGACAAGCUGUCAGUUUUGCGCGCCAUUUUUCGUUUGUGUUUUUUUUUUUUGUUUGUGUAUUGCUUUUGUUUCCUGCAUGUUGAUUGGCUGCUUUGCGGAUCAGGGUUAUCAUGUCUCAAAAUUGCAAAUCGACUUACACAGCAGCGACGACGAGGGACGCGAAUAACAACACCCUAUAUCAUGGCGGCACGACACAAGGCUACGGAGGUCGAGGGUACCCGCCGCCCAGCGUCACCAGUAACGGGAACUAUAAGCAAGUGACGGCGAAAGUGCUGUUCGGCAGCGUGACGGCGAUCAAUGACCUCAAGCAGCAAAAGACUGGGGACCGGCGGAAGCACUAGCGACAUCUUGUGUGAAAUAAUGAUUGUGAUAAGAAGAAAUAAUCGAAGCUAAGGUGUGAUCUCGGAAGACAGAGUUUUAUUGUUCAUAAAAAUAUAUUUUUGUAUUAAUCUUAGAUUUAGUCGAAAUGCUCGAAUAUUGUAUGACAUAAAAUUAAUAAAUAAUUUUAUAAGUUAA